AUGGUAGUACCAUGUUUCGGAGAGGAAUUAGCACUCUCAAUCAUUUUUUUUUUUCUCUUAAGAACAAGUGUAUGCCAGUAUUUUGUCACUUCUGCCGAUUUGGCUUAAAUAACACCUAAGUACUUAUUUAAAUCAACCAGCAUCCCCUUAAAAUGACUUUACAAAAUUUAAAUAAAGUACUUUCUCUAUCCCAUUUUAUAUUGUACAUUUUCUUUUUUUAGUUUAUCGUUGAGGUAGAAAAAGAACAUAUUUAUAUAUUCAAAAAGAAUUUAGUUUUGACUUCUACAUUACAUUUCAUGACAUUAUUUUACAGCCAUAAAAAUGUUUAUGAUUUAUUUUAGACCACAGGUCCACCAAUCUAAUUUUUUUUUUCCCUAUUAACGUAAAAUUUAGAUAGGGAAAUAAAAGUAAUGAUGAGAACCAAAAUGAAUUGUAGCAAAAGUUUGAGGGUCAAUUUAUAAUUUUUAUAUCUGGAAAAAAAAAUUAAAUUUUUAUAUAGACUUCCUCUCAAAAUAACACUGCUUUAUAUAAACUCCCUAUGUAAGAGCAAAACCUGAACUAUUUUUUUCUUCUUUUAGCUCAAAUUAUUUAUACAUUUGCUUCGCAAAAUCUUUUUCAGAAGUAAUAUAUGCAAUUCAAUAUUAGCUAAACCCACAAAUUAUUUAAGUUCAAAUAAGCAUUGAAGUGAAUACAGACUUGCCCACCAACUGUUCGAUAUAUUGUCUCAAAGAGUAUAUAUACUUUCAUCAACAAAUAGUUUCAUUUUCAGGCACCCUUUAUGCUAGUUUGCAGUUGUUGCUAAUUGGAUUAUUCCAUGUUGAGAAGAAAAAUUAUCAACUUGUAUUGUAUACUUAAGUCCCAAUGCCCUUUAAGAGUAUGUUCAUAUUCUUCAAGAACUAAUCAAGAAAAUGUAUUUAAUUUCGUUGAGGAUAGUAAACCACGUUCCGAAGCAGAAAAUUUCGGUCGUGGGGUUUUUCAUCAGCUUUCGCCGUUGUAUAAGGAUAAUAACGAGGCGUUAAAAGAUUGCAGGAUUGAAAUAACGGAUAAUGACACUUGGAAUGUGUCAUCUAGCUUAGCUGACGCUUGGAAAAGCAACGCAAAUGUUGCAUCGAAGAAAAAGGUUUUAUUCAAACAAGAGGAUGAUAUUGAUGAUGUAGCGAUCAAUUAUAAUGACGAACACCCUGAUUUUGAUGAUAUUGAGGAAAUGAGGAUACGUGGGAACUUGUUUUACAAGCUUGAGAAAGAUUCCAAGGAAUACGAGGAAUAUAAGUUCGAUUUCCAUAGAAGGAAUAAGAACAAGAAUAAUGGAGAUGAAAUUCCAAAAGAGAAGGAAAAAGCAAGUAAAGUUUCGACUUUUGAGGUCGAGAAAAGCAAGAAGGAGAAAUUGAGCUAUAGCUCGGCCUUUCCAGUGGACAGACUGAUGUUAGAUUUUGAGACAAAGAGGUCAAGGGUUCCAACAUUUAAUCAACUUACUGCUCCUUAUCACGAGCCAUUUUGUUUGGAUAUUUUUGUCUCGAAAGGCUCUGUAAGUGCUAGCAUUAUUCAUAGAGCUACUAGCAAGGUUGUUGCUGUGGCACAUUCGAUUUCCAAGGACAUGAAAUUUGACUUGGGAUCGACGAAGAAUAAUGCUACUUGUGCUGCUGUUGGGGAAGUUCUGGCUCAAAGAGCCUUGGCUGAUGAUAUUCAUAACGUAGUUUAUACUCCAAGGAAAGGGGAGAAAUUGGAGGGGAAACUUAAUAUCGUUCUUCAGUCCGUUAUUAACAAUGGCGUCAACGUGAAGGUGAAGCUUAAGCAGAGGAAAACCAAGAAACCUGGUUUCCACCGCCCAACUGCUUAGAUGGUCAUCCUACAUUACUAUUCACCAAGGCAAGAAUUGUUAUAAAUAUCAUCCUGACGAUUUUUAUUGAAACUGGAUUUAGGAAAGUGAAUCAGGUCUAUUGCUUUAGAAAGUAUGCUUUAUCGGCACACUGACAAGUAGUG